GCAUUUCCACAGUGCUUGAACAUUUUAUAAUGAUAUUUUUUUCUUGGAAUACGUGAACUUUUCCAAUAUUUAAUGAAAUCAGGAUGUUAAUGGAGGUUCUACACUUGAAGUCGCAGAAUAUCUCGGGGACAAAAUAUGUUGCAUUUUAGAGGAAAUUAGGCAAUACGUAUUUUUGCGAAUGGUGAAAAAAUAUGUGCAGGAUUUAAUCGUCCACAGCUGGCGUUUUAAAUGAGGCUGGGUGAACAAUUCAAACAGUUGAAUCGUGAAAAAUUCAGGAGCUCGAAUAUGAUGCACUACGCACCUUGGAUACAUGAGCAAGUGACAAUGGACAACCAGCGUUAUUAUGCCCAAUAUAUGGAUGAUUUAUCCCACUUUCAUCACCGAACAGAGCCUCUCGAUGAAGACAGUGAACAAACUGGAGACGAAAUGCACGAAACAAUGAAUUCUGCUACUUCCGGCGAACGCAGUCCCAGCGCCGAUAUUUUUCGUCUCGAAUUCGCCGCUACCCAAUGGUCCAAACUAGUCUCAAAUGCAGAAGGCCUCUUCAACAAACUGAUCGGCAGCAAUAUUUUGCCGCACACCGAGCAAGAUCAGAUCGAACAAUGGCUGUGUUUAAAGCAGGAAUACGAAGAAUGUAUCACGAGCGAUGACACAGCGAGUUUCCAAGGUCUCGCAGAAAAUGCAAGAAGGUCCCUGGAAAUAAUCGAGGAAGUUACGGAGACAGACGAGAAGACAGAUGAAUCCGGAAAUCGAAUGGAGUAUCGAGAGAGGUCAGAAAGUUGUUCCGACUUCGAGAGCGAAAUCUCGGAAGAGGACGACGACGAGGACGAAGAUCAGAGUGACACUAAUUCCGAGAAUCCAGAUUUUAUCGAGAAACUUGACGAAUGUAUGAACAAAUUCAAAGUCGAGACGGACAGGCUCAUCGAGCUGAAGAAGGAUGAAUUCAAGGAUGCGAGUAAUCCCAUCAUUUCGUCUCUUCCACAAUUAUCAAGGAACAACAACGACUCGCUGCCAAUUGGUAAACCCAUGCCCAUGAGAAAUCCAAAUAUGAGAAGAAACUCGAUGCUUCCGGGUUCUGAAAUGAGCAACGGAUUGUUAGCGUUCAAUGACAACUUCAAACUCGCUCAGAAUCAAAACCUUCAAAUGGAUUCCUCGAAAUACAUGGCGGCAGUGUCACAAAAUCUCGAUGUGGAGUCUCGCAAUAUCAACGACGAGAUAGUAAUGAUGGCACAGACGAAUUCUCCGAAUUUGUUUCGGGAUGCUCUUCGCAAUACCGAUAGUCCCGGGCCUGUCAAGGAAUUGAAAACUUUAGCCAAGAGCAAUAAAGCGAAGCAGAAGGAAGUGAUGAAAAUUCAGUCUGACCUCCUGGGUGCUCACAAACGAAUCGACGAGUUACAGUCAGCGAUUGAAGCCAAAGAGCGUUUUAUAGCCGAGAUGAUUAAAAAUUCGGACACAAGGACAAGUGCGAAAAAUAGGUUUCAGCGGAAGACGAGAAAACUGAAGCAGGACUAUUACAAUACGAAAAAGCAUCUGGCUCAAGCGCAAUUUGCAUUUAGGAAUAACGAGACCGGCGAAAGAUCAACACACAAGCGGGAAAUUGAACUGUACGAGAACAUGGCGUUUGACUACAAGCAGAAAUUGAUAGACAUCGAGAAAAUAACACAAAUCGCGGGAGAUUCGGCGAAAAGAGUGAGCGAAUUAGAAACUUCGCUCUUUUCCUCGAAGAAGCAAAUGGAGGAGCUGAAGCGUCAGCUUCAGAAAGAGGAGCGGCUGAAAAAGCAGCUGGAGGAUGAGGUGAUCGAGGAUCAGAGGAAAAUUCGAGAAUUGGAGGCAAAGUAUAAUUUGACAGCGUCCAAGUUAAAAGAAAUACAGUCCGAGAGUGAGGAUGAAAUAGCGAGGUCCAGAAAUGAGAGCAUCGGCAAAAAGAAAAACCUAUUAGAUGUGAGUGCGAGAAUUUCACAUCUGGAUCAUGUUCUGAAAGAAAAGUCGAUGGACCUGGAGAAGACUGCUGAUACGGAUGAGAAGGAGGCGUUGCGACACGAAAUUCGUAAUCUUCGACGCACGCGGGAUUGUUUGGUGGACGAAAAGUGCGAUCUGGAUCAGAAGUAUCAGAAGGAGAGAACGUUAACGACCGACAACAAACGGAAGUUGCUAGAGUGUGGAGAAACGAUAGAAGCCAUCGACGCUAUGAUUGAGCACAAGAAUGAAAUGAUCUGUGGCAGGAAGGCAUUCGCGGAAGAUCGAAAUCAAAUCAAGAAUGGCGAGUUGGUACUUGAAAAUCUGGCGAAAUUGACCGACGGUGAGAUGAAGAAUAUCUUUCAGAAAUAUUUUACGAAAGUUAUCGAUUUGAAGGAGACCCUGAAGUGUCUGGAGGAUGAGCGCUUGGAACUGGAAAAGCAAAAUAUGAAAUUGGAGGGACACAUUCGAUAUUUGACGGGCUGUUUAGAUGCAAUGCAAAUUCACUCGGACAAGAGAGAAAUUGUUUUGAAGGAGAAAUUUGAGCGCCAGAAGACUGUUAUGUUGAAGCAAUUGGCUGAGAAUUCAAGCAGUUCGGAUCACGAUAAAAUAGAUAAUGAUUCGGAACUCAAACGAUAUAGGAGAGAAAAUUAUUCCUUGAGGAAAAGACUUCACGAAGCAGAGGCUAAUCAGAAAGUUCGAGCAACGAAAGUAACGAGGGAGAAGAAUAAGUUGAUUAUUCAGAAAAAGUGAUGUCGGUAAUUUUUCAAUUUUAUUGUUCAAAGAAGUACAGGGUGGUUGCUCGACCGAAAAAUCUAUCUAAUCACUUGAAAUAUCAAAAUCAUCAUUUGUUUUAUAAUAACUAAUUAUAUAACUUUAUAUAAUUUUACCGCCUGGGAUGCAAUUUUAAAUGAGUUUGGUUUCAGCUUUUUUUAUGUUAACUUUAAUUUUUAACUUUUUCGGUUCUGAAAUCAUUCAGACUUUAAAAAUUGAGAAACAAACGCGUCACUUAAAAUCACAAAAAAAACUACCAUUAAUGUUUAUUAAUUAUAUUUAACAGAUUGGUCGCUAGAACGAAAACUGGGAAUUUUUCGAGAACGGGAAAUGACAGUGAAUUUAUUUUUUGACCGGGAAUUUUACAAAUUUUAGAAGGAAAAUCUGUCAUUUUAGAUUUUUAUUUUUCGGUAAACAUGUUUAAUUUAAAGAAUUUUAAAAUGCAGUCUUGACAGACUUAAACAAUUACAAAUUAAAGGCGUUCGAAAUUGAAAAUGUUUGAUAAUCAAAUUUUUUACUUGAUCAACGCUAAAUACAAAUUAAGUAUAAAUAACCAUUGAACACUUAUUUUUCUUAGAACAAUUCGAGUAAUUUUUAAAGGUAUUUAGAGAUUUUGAAAAGAUUCAAAAUUAUUUUAAAACUUGAAAUGAUUUCAAGUAAAUUCAACGAAGCAUGUUACGAGAAAUUUCAACUAUUUGUACCGAAAU